CAAAGUGUGGGUGCAGACCUGGGUGCGUCUCUUGGAGACAAAGCACGGACAAGCCUCGCUUCCUGGUCUCAGGACCAGGACCCAGCACUUCAGCCCAGGAUCGCUGCCAAGAGGAAACAGCCAGGAUCCAAGCAAGACUGGGGGCAGUAGGGGUGGUACGAGGCUCUCAGGACCCACCAGGUCAGAACAAGCAUUUGCCCACAGCUCUCCCUAUUGGCUGAGCAAACAAUGCGUUUGUCAGGAAGAUGGGGUGAGGCUCCAGCCCAAGGUAUAUCAAGACUUCAGACCAGGCUCUGAGAAGCAGAGAAGUGUCCACCAUGAAGCUUGUUGUCCUCUUCGUGGUGCUCUGCGUGGCCCUGCUUGGAGACUUUGGCGAUGCUUUCUUUGUGGACUCCCUCGUCAAGCCUGUGGCUGAACCGGCGGCCGCCCUUGCUCCUUCUGCUGUGCACGCUGUAGCGGAAGCGGUGCCCGGCCUGCCUCUCAACUCCUUCACCCUGCUCAAGAUGGUCCUGGCCAGCAUGGGCAUCCCGGUAGAGCACCUCAUAGAGGGUUCCAGGAAGUGCGUCACGGAGCUGGGCCCCGAGGCUGUGGGAGCUGUGAAGACACUGCUGGUAACGCAGGCGUCCCGGGCACCCCUCAAGUCUCUCAAGUGCUGUCCCAGUCCAUUACCAGGAGAGGCCCAGCUUCUCGUGCUGCUCCAGCACACCUAG